AUGCUCUCUGCGGCUGCAGUGUACGAGGACUCGGAGGAGAGCCGCCAACGGAGAGCUGCUGUCCUUGCUGCCCACGGACUGCCAUCGGGGGAAGACGCAGAGUCACGCAGGCGGAGAACGAGCCAUGCUGUAGCCACGCCAGAGCUGCGGCCGAGGUCUCUGCCGGCGGCGGCGGCGGCGCGUGCCACUCCGCAGCCAACUCGUCGCUUCCAUCAGCAGCAGGCCAGGCAGCUCUCGCGCCGCCGCACCCCGCUCCCGCAGCAACAGCCGACUCCGGCCCCUGCUCGCUGUGAGGAGGAGGCAUCAGACCUGGCCCCCGAGCUGGAUGCCGCGUAUGGUGCCAUCCGCGCGAGGUAUGCCCCUGAUGAUCACGAUGGUGAGCCGGCCGGUCAGCUGCAGGCCAUGCUCGACUCGCUGGAGCUGUCGUCCAUCGACCCGGCCUUGUUCUCCUCGCUCGACGAGCGCUCGGCAAAGCUAGCUGCCAUCCAGUAUUCACCGCCACGUCCUGCAGUUGCAGGUCUGGCGCUUCCGGAGCGGAGAGUCCCGCUUCCGUUUGUGGGCACGGUCUCGCUGCCGCUCCGCGCCACGGCACCAGCCAACGUUGCCGCUGUCAGUGCCAGCAGCAUGUCAGCCGAGCGUGGGCCGGCACCGGGCCACCCCGACCACCCCACCAUGGAGGAGCGGUUUGACGCGCGCAACAAGGCAUGGCGUGAGGCCCGCGCUGCCCGCGCCGCCGACCUCGAGGCCGACAGCUUUGGCACGCUUCGUGGCCCACAGCUGGCGCCUGGCACUCGCAAGCUUAUGGACAACCGAUCGUCAUUCAGCGACCGCUAUGACGCGUGGCUGGCGAGAACGCGCGCACACGCUGCGGCUGUCGAGGCUGAGAAGGCGGCCGCCACCCGCGCGCAGGCCAACGUGUCCAAGAUCACCGCUCGCUCACGUAAGCUUGCCGCCCAUGUUCCGUCAGUGGCGGAGCGAACAAGUACUGCUACCGGGCGGUCGAGCGCGAGUUUGGUGGCAUCGUCGUCGGUUGCCGGCGACACGACCAUGUCGGAGGCGUCCGCUUCGGUCGUGGACUUGCCGUCGUUCCGGCCUCAAUUGAGCAAGAAGACCAAGCAGCUGGCAGCCAAGCGCGCCGCCGCAGCUGCCAGAGAAGGCCGUGCCGUCGACGUCGUCUCGCGCAUCGAGGCCUCGGCUGCCGAGCAGGCGCGUCGGCGCACCGCCCGCGAGGCCGAGGCGCGCCGCGCUCGCGAGGCCGAGUUUGCCUCGGCCCAUACCUUUAAGGUUGAGCGGGAGGCCGUUGUGCCGAGCAAGAGCGACAAGCGAGCCAAGGCUCGGACUCGGCCGCGGGCUAGCGUCCGCGGCAAGUGCGCACCCUCGGCCCAGAGCAGGCGUCGCACCAAGCCGGAGCACAAGAGCCCAAAGCCGCACGUUCACUUUGAGGACGAGGGCAAUGACAACUGCGGUGGCGAUGACGGUAACGAUGGCGGUGACGACGAUGUUGCACCAAUUGUUGCCCCAGCGCCUGAGGCCGCUGCGCCCGAGCCGAUCCCGCAGCCAGAGCCAAAGCUGGUGGCCACGCCAGUCCCGCAGCGAGUCCGGCACAGCCGUGAUAGCGAGCGCAGCCGUGGUCGCGGGCGUAGCCGGGCCCGCACGAGCGGGCAGCUUCCUAGUCGGUGGGGAGCGCCGGUGCCAGCAAGCGAAGCGGGCUCCAAGCCUACCAGCAAGCCGUCGCGGCUGGCGUCCGAGUCGUCCUCGGUCGACACUGAGGUGCGGAUGGCGCGGCAGGCGCAGGCCGCCGCUGCAACUAUGCGCCCUGCAUUGGGCGCCACAAGUGCGCGGGGCAAGAGCUCGCGGAGUAGCCGGCGGCGGGUCGAAGAGCAGGUAGUCGUGCCACGAUGGGGUCCCGCGGAGAAUGAGUCCGUCGACGCGAGUGAGCCGGAGCCGAUUGUGGUCUCGUCACGGGUGGCAGCUGUGGAUCGAGACUUUUGGCGGUCGAUGGGCCGACGGUGAGCGCUUGUGUUUAGUGGGGAGUUAGCCGAGGAAGCCGACGACAUCGCGGUCGAGCUUGGCCUCCUGCUCGCCGAGGUCAUUCAUGUCUGCGACGAGGGCCAUGCCGAGCUUGCGCGCGACCUGGAACAUCUCGAUGAGCAUGGCAGGCGGAAUGCCGCCAUCACCAGAAAGAGUUGCGCCAGAGAGGGUGCCGUCUGCAGUGACGCCCACAGUGAACGCCGCGGUCUGGCAGGCCUCCUCCUCGAGGGUGGGGUCAGCGACGUAAAAGUCGCCGAGUCGAGCGAGGGUGACCGAGACCGGGAGGCGGGAGACGUCGAGAGCAAUGACGUCGUCGGGAUCGUC